GAACCUAAAUACUGUAUGGCUGUGACCACACGAACAUGUGAUCAUCGGGUAUAUACAUAUGUCAGGCAAUGCACAGAAAAACUACCAGUCUUAUGUGCUGUCACAAAUAAGACGUCGCCGGAAAAUAUACCAUCUACUUAUUCGGUUGAGAUUCCUGAACUGGACUUCAUUGUUAACACGACCAAAAAUACUGUACCAGCGUCCGAUAUUACAACAUUUACAAUUUCGGUUGAAGUUCCUGAACUGGAUUCUAAUGUAAAAGCGAGUAAUAAUAUUCUACUGAUAACACUGGUUAUAACAGCCGUACAAGCUGUUGUGGUUUUUAUUGUAGUGAUCGUUGUAUGCAUAAGACGUCGGAACUCAUCAAUAACUCGACAUCAACAAACUCCUGUUCCAACCAAUGAAGUUACAUACGCUCAGGUCAACAAGCCUACAAAAGAGAAAACACCUGACCAUGCUGGCGAACAGACUAGAAAAAACCCAGUCGACGAUGCCUAUGAUCAUAUGGAACAUCAUCGACUCAGUCAGUAUCAGAUUCCAACUGAGAGCAAUUAUGAUACCAUGCAGUCUGGUGGAAAUGAAGAAUUGGAAAAUGACUAUGACGUCACAAGUGGAACAGACAGACCAAGACAAAUUGUCGUUGAUGAUAGUUCAGAAUAUAGUCAUGUACAGGUAGAACAUCAUGAAAUAAAAGAUCCAUCGGCUUAAGAAAACAAUAAUUUAAUUAGUGUUUUAACUUAGAAAUACACGAAAACUACGUGUAUAUAACGUUAGCCAGAUAAUACAGCAGUAGUAUCAAAAUUAGUGUUUCUAUAUAUAAAAUUUUGUAAUACUGUACAGUAUAAUUGUUUGCAAUUUUCUGUGCUUUGCAUUUUUUUUUAUUUUUAAGAUCAUACACAUUACAGACUUUAUUUGAUUUAGGGAAGUUCAAUUUGUAUGGCCACAUAUUUAACAAUGACAAUGUGUGAUUUGGGUUAAAAUGUAAUGAAAAGAACUAUUUAGCAUGAACGUUUACAAUUGUGUGUACGCAAAUUUCUCUACUUGUGACUAUAACGACAACAAGUGAAAUGUUCAUUCUAACCAUCCACAAAUAAACCUAAAAUGUUUAAAUAAACGACAUAUGAAACUCAACAUCUGAAAAACUUAUUUCAUCAUCUUAUUUUGUUUGCUGAUUUUUAAAUAAAUACAUGUAUAUAUUUUGUUGUCAUCCAAAGUGAGUCUUUUGCAUGUACAAGUUGUCACUCUAACUCCUUCCGACCGGCAUGUAAACCAAUAAAUACGUAGGUUCGUCAGAUCAGAAUGUGGACGUCACAUUUUAACCCAGUAUUAUAGAUGAGUGUAGCGAGAAUUGCACCACGCUCAAUGUACGCCCAAGAACGUUUGCAACACCUCUUUGAGGAGUCGUUCUUUUAAGUGGCGAUUUUGCACGACUUGACCAUUCAUGACCACAUUUAUCAGUCACCAUUUCCACCGUCAUACUAGGCGACGAACUGUUUAAAACUAACUUAUUGGGUGUAGUUUAAUAAAAGAAGAAUACGUUGUAUUAGAUAGAAGAUAAAAGCGAGUCAAAACAAUAUGAAUUUGGAGAAAUUAUUAUUCACAGUGCGGCCUUUAACAAUGAGCAAAAUCAACACCAUAUAUAGUCAGCUAAAAAAACUCGACUCGAGCAACUGUGAAUUAAUUUAAACGAAAAAAACAUAUCCUGAUUAAUGACAAAAAAAUUACGAAAAAAAAGAUGCCAAACAAGUACAUGAGGCAACCCAAAGUGCACCUAUUUAUACAGUUUGUCCACCUACGUUUCUUUUUUAUCAAGACAAGUUUCCAUCUUACGUUUAUCUGAUCCUUAUGCAUCAUAUAGUGCAACACAUUUAAUUUUGAAUCCAUAUAAAACGUAGAAAAAUAGGGUUGAACCGACCUUCAAACGACCUAUGGUUCGGUUCGGUAAUGACGAGUACCCAAAUUGCACCAAUGCCUUUAUUCACGUCUGUAAAAACCGAAUAACUGAUGUUUUGUUUCUUUUCUUCCAAAAAUUAAGAACAAUUUGACAAUAGUCUAUGCUUUCUAUUAAUUUUCAAGAAAUGGAUUCCUGCAAAACAAUGUAAUUGCUUGUUUUAAAAAAAUGACUUUUUUGUGGACGUCGCAUGGUGUAGUGUUCGUUCAUUUCACUUUUUCCAGUUGACACUUCAUCUGAUGAUAUAAACUGAACGUUUAGUGAAUAUAUAAAGAUAUUUAUUUUUUUGGAAAACAUGCAUAAUGUCAAAUUAUCCAAAAAUACAAAUUGUUUAGUUCCUUAGAAAAGUUGUUUUUCGCUGCUAUUUAUGCUAAAUAAGUGCAAUUUGGGUACCCGGUCUAGAUUGGUACUGUGACGUUAGAGAAUUAUGAUAAAAUGUUAGAAAACACUUCUUAUGAUAUGCUUUAGGAAUAAAAAACAAUUAGUGUUAAAGAAAAGCAUGGUCGUUAUUUUUACUGUGUUAUACUUAUAUGUAAAUAUUUAGAAAAGCUGUAGUCAAAUAUAUAUGCAUCUUAGAUAUUGCAAAAUAAGUCGUAUUGUGAUGUAUUGUUACAUGCACACAUACUAUGUUGUAUAAUAUAAUUAUUUGAUAUGUUUUAAAACAUGAAAUGAUGUAUACUAUUGUUUAUGCAAAUGUUUUUAUAUCCUGUCAUUUUCCUUAAGUAUGUGUUCCCAUUUUCUGAGAACUAAAGAACUCACCGAUAAAGAUAAAACGUUUUGUCAAUAUCAAUUUGAAAACAGAAAACAAAAUUUUGACAGUUGUAGACAUAGAAGAAAAAUAAUGUUGAUUUCUUUACAAACUAACAGACUUGGUUUUUUUAAAAGCCCAUAUGAAAUUAAACUCAAUUCAAUUGAAAAGUAUAGGUUUGUUUUACAGUUGAAGCUACAUUUUAAAAAUUAGUACAUUCUUUAAACAAAAUAGUUUCUACGAAUAGCUGUUACUUUGUCAAAAUGUAAAACCAAAUGGGUAAUUUUGGUAGUAAAUGAAAACCUCACAGUCUUGGGAUCACUAGUACUGUAAAACCCUGUAUGAACAUUUGGUAUGAAUUAAUAAAUGUAUACAAUUAUAAUAGGAACAUAUUUGUCCUAUUGCUUUGAUCUAAUAUAUCUGUUUUUAUACAACCCAU